AGUCCACGAAGUAUCGUCACGGAGCCGACUUCAUCACAAUCAAGCUCCAAGAGCCCCGAGCUUCAGGUCGCAGUUCCGCUGCGAAAUUCUCUCGAUCCUUGGGAUGCGCUACCGGGCGAUGGAGAAGCGGAGAGGAUGCAUCUAUUACAGUACUAUAUCGAGGCCUUUGUACCCAGUGUUCAAGUAGCGCCUAUUGCAACAAGUUUCUACACUAGCCUAUACAUGCCUUGGUCUUUCCAGAUCGAAGGAAUGCUUGACGCCAUUCUGGCCAUUUCUUCAGCUCAGUUGGCACGGCGGAGCCAGGACGCAGACCGCGCUAAGCAUCUUCGGGCCGUGUCCUCUCGCCAUGAGAGGAAGUGCUAUCAAUUUAUCAAGGAACGCCUACAUCCUUCGGGUGGACUUCCAGAAGACACUUACCAGGUCACUGCGGUGAUCCUGAUUCUAGUAGGGCUUGAGGCGCUCAACGGCGUCAAGACCACGAGGUGGAUAUCGCAGUUGAAAAGCGUUCAACGUAUACUUAGCGCACUCACUCCAGAACAGAGCAUCAUGGACUGUGUUGAGGUCGAUUCUCUACAUCGCCACUUCACCUAUCAUUUUGCUUCUGCGUCUCUCAUGGCACGGGUAUCCAACGCAGGAAAGCCGUGCUCAACAGAGCAAGGCUUGAUACCAAUCAGCGCCGCUCUAAUGCCAGGCACAAUUGAUCCGCUCAUGGGCAUCUCAUACCAGCUAUGCGAUCUCAUCUCUCGGAUACAGUACGUAACUUCCUCAAAUCCAGCGUUCCCACUUGCUACCGAAGCUUCUUUCAACGUUAUCGAGCAGGGCAUCCAAAGCUGGACUUACGACAAUCCAUUUGCACUUGGUGUCGAUACCCCCAUAGCUCUCGAUCUCAUCGCCUUGGCAGAGGCUUACCGUCUAGCGGCACUCAUUCAGCUCUAUCGUACCUCACCAAGCCACUCUACGAAUAUUGCAGGUUGUGCCGCACGUGCGAUGGAGUUCAUUGCUCGGAUACCACCCGGAAGCGCUGCGGAGUCGAGCCUGCUCUACCCCAUAUUUCUAGCAGGCGCUGAGCUGGACGACGAAGCUGCCAUUGAGAAAUGCUUUCGAAGGUUGGAGGACAUUCAGAACAGGAAUCGCUACGAGAACGUCGAAUGUGUGCAAAAGGUGCUGAAGGAAGUAUGGCGACCCAAACUUGAAGGUGGACAAAGAAGGGACUGGGAAGAGGUUGGGCUACACAUUCUUCCUGCCAUCAGUAUGGCGAAUCACAUUACUUCAACCAUGGCAACGCCCAUAAGCUUCCGUGAUUCCUUGGAUACGACCAAUCUCAAAGACCGCUCAGUUCUAAUAACUGGCGCGGCAUCUGGUAUCGGUCUGGCAUGCGCAAUCAAGAUGGCUGAAGAAGGCGCGAUUGUCACGAUGGCCGACCGGCAGAAUACAGCGGGGGCAGUAAUUGCAGAGCUAACAGCUCGAGGGCUCAGAGCGCAGUUCGUACAUUGCGACGUAACAUCUUACGAAGCACAAGCCUCUAUGUUUCAGUCCGCGAUACAGUUUGGCGACGGGCAGAUUGACAUUGUCAUCCCUAAUGCAGGCAUCCUGGCCGAGAAGAACAUGUUCGAUAUGGUACCAACCACUUUACCAAAACUAGGAGAUUCGCCACCUCCGGUCCCAGGCUCCGCUUGCUUGUCGGUCAAUCUUGACGCCGUAUACAAUACCUGUUAUCUCGCGUUACACUACUUCCGACUCCCGCGCACAGCCGCAACAACGUUCACGCCUAGCAUCGUUCUCAUCGCCUCACUGGCAGCCUACAUCGGCUACCCUUACAGUACUACGUACAGCAUGUCCAAGUUCGGCGUUCGAGGACUCUUCUAUAGUCUCCGCGAGCGUGCUAUGCGCUCUUCAAUCCGUCUUAACCUCGUUGCGCCAUGGUUCGUCGAUACUGGCAUUACCAAGCAAGACGAUUUUGUCGCGGACAAUGGUGCCGUGCUUGAAAUUGUAGGGUAUGCAUCUAUGAACAGGGUAGUUGAUGCCGUGAUGAGGUUUUCGUCGACUCAAAACCUUUGUGGCAGGAGUGUGGGUAUCUUCCCAAGGGGUAAUGAAGAUAUUCAUGAUGAUUUAGAGGGAGGGUUUGGCGGUGCGGUAGUGGGCAAGCAUAUGCGCGAAAUCAAGGCGAUCGUUGCUCAAGACAUGCAGAAGCAGGCUCACAGCUCACCCUAG